AAUAUGGUUUAUACUCAGGAGUAUUUGAAUAGCAUUAAAGUUUCAGGAUUGCCUAAUCAUGUUCUGAAACUAAAGAUUGGUACUCCUAUAAUGUUGCUUCGAAAUAUUGAUCCUAUCGGUGGUUUGUGUAAUGGAACAAGACUGUUGGUGACUCAAAUUGCCAAACAUGUUAUCCAAGCUAGACUUAUAACAGGAAAUAAUGUUGGUGAGAAAGUCCUCAUACCAAGAAUGUUUGUUUCUCCUCCUGAAGCAAGAUUCCCGUUUAGAAUGAGACGUAGACAGUUCCCUAUUGCUGUUGCUUUUGCAAUGACAAUAAAUAAAAGUCAAGGCCAGACUUUGCAAAGAAUUGGAUUGUUUUUGCCAAAACCAGUUUUCUCACAUGGUCAGUUGUAUGUUGCUGUUUCCAGGGUAACGUCAAGAGAUGGAUUAAGAAUUUUGAUCACAGAUGAGAAGGGAAUACCACAGAAAAAGACCUUAAAUGUCGUUUAUAAGGAGAUCUUUCAAAGUGUUGAAUUGUCAGACUGAUACUACUCAUCGCUUUUAUGCUUCUGUUUUAUAUUACAAGAGUCUGGUUUUGUUUUAGAGUUAACUCGGUUUUUCUUUUUGCCUAUGGCUUCUUUUUUGUAUUACAAUAUAUGAUCUGAUUUAGUUUUCGAGUAAAGUUAGUUUGUUUGGCUUUACGCUUCUCUUUUUUAUAUUACAAUUGUCUAUGUUUAUUAUUUACGAGUGAUUUUGUUUUGUAAUUGAGUUUUUAGUUUAUUUUCAUAAUAUGAAAAUAUUUGGUGUAUGAUCGAA